AUGAAUUCUGUGUGGAAGCCGUACACGGAAGUGGAAGAACAGGCCAUUGACCUAUCGCGGCCUGCAGUGAAGGUGGACAGAGGGUCUCCAUUACCGGCACAGAGUCCACCUGCGGUACUUGGACAGAUGAUGUACCCCAUCAUCGGAUAUCCAGAAGCAGCAGUCCAUCCAAGGGCUGACUGCUUCAGUUACAAGCCUAUCUAUGACCCAGCAUAUUACGCAUCGUCAACGGUUUCCCAGGUGACAGGUCGCUCUAACGACAUGUCCUCAACUGGAGAUGACGAUACGGAAUCUUUAUCAGACGAUAAAGAGUACCAAAUUUUUGAGCAGGAUGCCCUGAGAGCGAUGGCCGCCAAAAAUGGCGGCUCACUGAUGUGUACCAACCCUCGAAUGAGAAGGGCUGUACAGAGCAGCCACUCGGCUGAUGAUAUUUAUAUGAAACAAAGAGAAAAAAAUAAUAUGGCUGCGAAGGCGAGCCGCGACCGACGGAAGAUGCGAGAGCUGAAGCUCACGCUGCAGACCUCCUUCUUGAAGAAGAAAGUGGCGGAGCUAAAGGCAUGUUUGGCAACCGGACUGUGCCGCCACUGCCAGCAGCGGUGCGCCUGCUAA